AUUCAGUCAAUGAUAGUCGUCAAUGAUUACUGUAGUGUUUACUCGUAAAUAACAGUGUUAUUGUGUACAUACAUUACUUUAAUUAAUUAAUUUAUUUAUUUAAAACAAUGAAAAAAUUACUUAUUAUUUAUUUAUUUAUUUAUUAAUUAUUGUUAGUGUUAAUAAUAAUUAUUAAGAAUAGUGAAUAUACUUUAAAACGUAAUAAAUAAAAAAAAUAAAAAUAAAAAAAAAACAAGUAUAGUUGAAAAUAAGCGAAUUUAGCCAAUCACGAUAUGAUUGCUAUCGGGUUAGGUUAUAAAUAAUGAAAUCCAUUGGACAAAGGUUGCUUUCAAUUCUUUAAACUCAAAUAAUUUAUAUACAUAUCUAUGUAUACAUGUAAUAUUAUAUAUUAUAUGAUAUAAUAAUGUGUGCGCGUCAUAAAGACAAGAGAAGUUGAUUGAAAAACCUCCAAAAAUAUUAUUAGAGAUAACUUGUUUAUAUUUUAUUUCAUAAGUUUACAUUUUUCUAAGUUCCUGUAUUAGAGGAUUAAUUACUUAAUGCAGGUCAAAUAGAUAACCAUCAAAAGUUUAAGAUCUAAAUAUUUUAUUUUUCAAGUUUAUAAAUCGAUGAUUUAAUUUAAUGUGCCGGCAAUAGAAAAGUGAUUCAUAUUAUUGAUGACGAUUGUUUCGUCUACUCCAUUUAGGUUUUUCAUUCUAUUACAUAUAUUGGUAUACAUUUAUAUAUGAAUAUCUAUACAUACAUAUAUAUAUGUGUGUGUAUAUAUAUAGUCACCGUAACAAUAUAAUAAAUUAAAUUACGGAUACCAGUGUGCUUUAUAUUAUUAUUCAUGUAACAUAUAUAUUAUGUAAUUUGAGUUUUAAGAAAUGCUAUGGUGGACAUAAAUUGUGCACGUGAGAGCUACUCGAUAUUGUAUGACGGGUGGCAUUUUCCAAAGAUGACAGAUUCAUCAUCUUCGCCUUCAUCGGCUUUUAUUAACAUCAUCAACAAUAUUUUUACUGUUGUAAAAGCCGUACUUCGCAUCGGAUUUGUUAUUCUUAAUAAUAUUUAUUGUAUACCACCAUAUGUAAUAUGGAUGAUGUUAUUAUCGCCUGUAAAAUUAUUUCAACCAAAAAUUUAUUGGAGAAUAGAAGGUCUUUUUUUUCAUUGGCUAUUGGCGAUGGUAUCGAUGUGGUCUUGGUCAGCUGGUUAUGACAUUGUUGAAUACGGUGAUGAUUUACAACCAAUAAUAAAUGACAGAACACUAGUUAUAGCAAACCAUCAAAGUACUGGAGAUGUUCCAAUGUUAAUGGCUACAUUCAAUGCCAAGCCGAACGUACUACCAAAUCUUAUGUGGAUAAUGGAUAGGAUAUUUAAAUUUACAAAUUUUGGAAUUGUUUCUUUACUACAUCGAGAUUUUUUUAUUUCUUCGGGUCGUAAACGGAGAGAGGAAAGUCUUAAGCAGUUAGAAUUACAUUUGGAUAAUUCAUAUAUACCACUUGAACGAAAGUGGAUGGUACUUUUUCCGGAAGGUGGUUUUUUGUGUAAAAGACUGGAAACUUCACAGAAAUAUGCGAAAAAAAAUAAUUUACCGAUAUUAGAAAAUGUUACUCUACCAAGAGUUGGUGCUAUGCGAACAAUAUUUGAUAAACUUGGUCCUGCUCAAAAUAAUGAUUCUUCUGAAAAUCAGUUGAACACUAGAUCAAAUAUGAUGAUAGUGAAACCGGAAAUUCGUUGGGUCCUUGAUAUAACAGUAGCAUAUCCUCAGGGUAAACCGAUCGAUUUAUCAACGAUCAUUACGGGGUCAAGGCCACCCUGUGAAACCGUCCUAUUUUAUCGAUUGUUUCCAAGUUCUGUGGUUCCAAAAGAUCCAGAUUUGUCGGCUAAAUGGCUGUACGAUAGAUGGGCAGAAAAAGAAACAUUAUUAGAUAAUUUUUACAAGUAUGGAUCAUUUGUUGGUUCACGUGAUUCAAUGCAGGAAGGAUCAAAAAUACAACAAGAUCCUCUACGAUAUUUAGUGCUUCAUCUAUUUUUUUUAACAUCUACUUAUAUACAUUAUCAUAUGUUUUCUUAUGUGUUAUCGUGCAUUUGGUGAAAUUAAUUUAAUUUAUUUUCAUACACCAGUCUACCAUUAUCACUAAUCAUUAGUAAUGUCAUUAUACAAUUCUGUUAACAAUUGUCACACAUAUUUGCACGAUUGAAAAACAUCACUGAAGAUAUAUAUUUAUUGAGGUAUACAUAUUUUUUUUUUUUUUUAUUAAUUAAGAGUAUUAUAAAAAUUAUAGAACACUAAAUGUUACCUCUGCAUUUUAUUACAAUUUGUAAAAUAUUCAGUUAAUUAACACUAUUAUCAGUGUGAACAAUCCAGUGAAUGACUUAAAAAUCAUAAAUUAGAAUAAUUUUUUGAGUGAGAAUUUUGUUAAGUAAUAAAUUUAUUUGAUAAUAUUUUGUAUAACAAAACAUGUGUAACAACAUAAGAUUUUUUUUUUUUAAUUAUUUAAUAAUUACUAUUGAAUCAUUCUAAAAAUAUUUUUAUUUUUGUUUCUUUUAAGAUUAUUAAUUUGUGAUAGACUCUAAAAGAAAAUAAGUUGAACAAAGAUAGAUGAAAGAGGAUGAAGAAAUAUUUUUUAAGCACAUAAUUUAUGGCAGUGAAUAUAGAAUUUUAUACGUCCGAAUAUACGUGUUCCUGGAGUGUAAAUUUUAUAUCAUAUUAAAAUAUAUACGUAUGUAUGCAUGUAUAUAAACUUAUAUUUAUCUAAAUUUAUAAUUUAAAAACAAUUUGAAUCUCGCAAUGGGAUAAAAAUUUAUCAAUAGUGAUUUUUUUUGUUUUGUUUUUUUUUAUUAGAUACAUUUACACAUUUUUUUUUUAUCUUCAUUUUUUAAAUUUCACAUUCAACAAUUAAUAAAGUGUGAUUUAUAAAUAUUGAAAUAUUUUUGCAUUGAGCAAAAUCUUUAUACUUUUUGUUAAUAAAAAAAAAAUUAAAAUGAAAAAACUGUUUUUAUAAGUUGAUAAAAUUGAUAGCUUUGGAGUCAUAGUCGCUAAAAAAUUUAUUUUAUACAAAUUAUAGAUAUCAAAUAACUAUAAUUUCUAAAUUAUAGACUACACAAUAUUUAUUUGAAAACUUCGUAACACAAAAUUUAAUUUUCUGUAUUAAAAUUUUCCAUACCUGCUAUAAUUUAUCAAUAUUUACAAUCAAAGUUUUAAUCAUAUUAAAAAAAGAAUUAAUUUUAUUAACGUACUUUAAGGCGCCUUGUUAUGCAUUUUCUAAACCAGUAUUUUUGGACUUGUUAAACAAAAACAAGUAGCCUAAAUACUCAAAUAAAUGUAAAUAUUUAUUAACAUUUAAAACUUUUUUUUGACAAUUUCACUUGCACAGUCCAUUUUAUAGUCAUUAUUUUCAGAAUAUUUAAGUAAUUUGAUGGCAAGUAUUUUCAUACUCAAGUCAAUGCUUUAAAGAAAUAUUUUUUAAAUUCUUGGAUUUUUAGUGUUCUUUUCCAAUAAUAUUUAUUGACAAUAAUAAUACACGACCGUCCAUUUUUAUACAACAUUUGAAUCGAUUUAUUUUUCUCAUAAAAUAAAGUGUCAUUAAAUCGCGAAUUUUUUUGGGUAAAUUUUGAUCAUCAUUAAAAAUAACUUUAUUUUAUUAAAUAAAAUCAGAUUUAUUUCUAACUAAAAAUUCUACUACCGAUCACCAGUAUUUUUACAUGAAAAAUUAUCAAUAUUGCAUAAUUUUUAAUUACUACUUAAAGUAUUUAAAGUUUUCCGUUGUCUUUUUUUUAUAAUUUUUAAUAUUUUACAUUAAGCUAUCAUUUGAUAAUUUUCAUAUAAAUUAAUUGAUGGGCUGCAAAAGUAUUAUUGUUUAAUUAAACAAUUUUUUUUUUAAUAUUAAAUUUCUGUAUUAUAACUGUGUAAUAUAUUUUUUUAAAUGACAAAGGCGUCUUAGGUAUUUUAUUAAAAAAUAAAUUAAAUCAUAAUGAAAUUUGAAAAAUCUGUAUAUACAUUAAACUGAUUUAAAAAAAUCAACUAUUUUUUAUUUUUCAAAGACACACUUUCAAAACUGCUUCCUACGUGCAAUUUUCCAUUUUCCAUUCAAAUAACAUGGGAAGAAGUUUUUUUAAAUUUUGGAAUUUAAAAACUCACUGAAUUUAUAAAAUUUUUAUUAUUUUUCGAAUUUUCUGGUGAAACUAUCAGACAUUAUAAAAUGAUAUAGGACGUCUUUUAUAGACCGUUACAUUUUCAACAAAUUAACCCUUGCGAAUUUUUCAAAAUUUUUGAAUGCUUUUUAGUUAUUGCAUUAUAAUAAAAAACAGUCAUAACCCGCUCGGCAUGAAUGUCAGAAAUAUAUCUUUGUGAUAUCAGAAAGAUGACAUAAUUUUAUAGAUAACUUUAUGAUACAAAUAAGAUGUCUUUCUGACACUCAUGCCGAGCGGGAAUACAGUUAAAGAGCAUUCAGGAGUUUUGGAAAGUUUGUAGAGGAUAAUUUCUUGGAAAUGAAAUGAUCUACAACAAAGGUCUUAUAACAUUUUGUAAUAAGUCUGAUAGUUUCACCAGAAAAUUUGAAAAGUGGUGAAAAUUUUACGAAUUUUACUUUCACCUCGAAAGAACUUUGAAAUAUUCAAUUAAUCGAAAAAAGAAAAAAGACC